GGGAGACCGGACAUAGUGAAUGCAGGGUCCGGGGAGUCCGGAUAUAGUGAAUGCAGGGUCCGGGGAGACCGGAUAUAGUGAAUGCAGGGUCUGGGGAGACCAGAUAUAGUGAAUGCAGGGUCCGGGAGACCAGGUAUAGUGAAUGCAGGGUCCGGGGAGACCAGAUAUAGUGAAUGCAGGGUCCGGGGAGAGCGGAUAUAGUGAAUGCAGGGUCCGGGGAGAGCGGAUAGUAGUGAAUGCAGGGUCCGGGGAGACAGUAUAUAGUGAAUGCGGGGUCCGGGAGAGCGGAUAUAGUGAAUGCGGGGUCCGGGGGAGACCGUAUAUAGUGAAUGCGGGUCCGGGGAGAGCGGAUAUAGUGAAUGCAAUGCGGGUCCGGGGAGACCAGGUAUAGUGAAUGCAGGGUCCAGGGAGAGCGGAUAUAGUGAAUGCAGGGGUCCGGGGAGACCGGAUAUAGUGAAUGCA